AUGUCGGAUUUGGCGCCGAAUGAUGCACGCGGCGAGGAAACCGCACAGAGCGUCGCUCCCAGUGAUGUACUCGAAGAUCCCGACGAACACACGUUGCGCAUGAUGCUCUCCACCGACAAUCAUUUGGGAUACGCGGAGAAAGAUCCGGUCCGAGGAAUGGACUCGUUCGCCGCCUUUGAAGAAGUGCUCUACCUGGCCAAACAGUUUCGUUGCGACAUGGUGUUGAUUGCGGGUGAUCUCUUCCACGAUAAUCGUCCCAGUCGUCGGACGCUUUACAUCACUAUGGAAAUCAUUCGCCGCUAUUGUAUGGGUCCGGACCCGGUCCGUAUACAAAUCGUUUCCGAUCAGGCACAGAACUUUCGCAACGUAUCGGGAACCGUCAAUUACCAAGACGACAACUACUCCGUCGACUUGCCCAUUUUCAGCAUUCACGGCAAUCACGACGAUCCGACGCGGGACAGUCACGGCGAACUGCUGGCCGCGCUCGACUUGCUGGCCGUCAGCAACCUCGUCAACUACUUUGGACGACAGGAACAAGUGGACCAGGUGGAAAUAUCUCCCGUGCUCAUACAGAAAGGUGCCACGCAACUGGCACUCUACGGAAUGGGCAGUAUGCGCGACGAACGACUCAAUCGCAUGUGGCAGGGAAAGAAAGUACGGUUUCUGCGACCCGCCGAAGAUGAUGAGGACAACGAACACGAUACCGGCUUUUUCAAUCUCUUUACCCUGCACCAGAAUCGCGAUUUGGGACGCGGCUCCAAAAACUGCGUACAAGAAUCCAUGAUUCCCGAAUGGAUGGAUCUAGUCGUCUGGGGACACGAACACGAGUGCCUCAUUGAAUUUUCCGAAUCCGUCGUCGGCACCUUUCGCAUUACGCAACCGGGAUCGUCCGUAGCGACCAGUCUGGUGGCCGGCGAAGCUGUGCGCAAAAAAGUCGGCGUCGUGGACGUUCAGGGCAAGAAUUUUCGGAUGCAUACCGUGCCGUUGACCCAGGUCCGAUCCUUCGUCACGGCGGAACUCUCAUUGCAGGAACACCGGGCCAACCUGGAUCCGGACGAUCCCAAAAUUGACGACAAGGUGACCAACAUUCUGGAAGAACAGGUCCGGGUGUUGGUCUUGAACGCCCGAGAGAAACGCCGCGAAAUUUUGCGGGACGCCCGUGCGGCGGGCAGUAACGCGGGGGGACGGGACGACGACCCAAAGGGUAUGAUCUCCCCACUGCGGUACACGCUCAAGAAUCCCGACGAAGUCCUGGUCCGCAUCAAAGUAGACCACUCCAACGGAUUUCUGUCUCUCAAUAACCAACGCUUUGGAGCCCGUUUUGUUGGAGACGUGGCCAAUCCUUCCGACAUUUUGCUGUUCCACCGCCGCAAGGAUAUCAAACAAGCUACUCAGCAGACCAGGGCGGCCCAGAAAAUGAUGCAAACACCGAUCGCUCCGGAGGAAUUGGAGCAAACCCACAUGGAAGAUAUUGUCAAGGAGUUUUUGACUUUACCGGAACAGAAACUCAAGCUACUGAACGAAACGCGAUUGAGUGAGGCCAUGGAAGAGUUCGUCGACAAGUCGUUGACGGGAUCCAUCAACGAAAUGGCCUUUGCACAACUCAAGCAGCGACAAAAAAAGCUGCACACCACCCAUACGGCCUCCACGGAUAUCGAUACCGAACCCAAUGUCGAACCGGAAGCGGCAUCAAAAUCGAAAUCCCGCGGUUCUACGCUCGCUCGUCAAUCAAACGUGGCCUCAACGACGGCAGCAGCGACGGAAGUGACCGCCAAGAAACGUCGACGAACUGCGGCUGCGGCACGCGCAGCAGAGAGCAGUGACGAGGACAGCGUAGAGAAGAGUCCGGUGCGACAAUUGACGCGUAACGGGAAAGAAAAUCAUAGAAAAGGACGACUGGAGGCUGAUAGGCACGGCGAAAGCGACGACGACGCCUUGGAGGAGGUUCCUCCGACGCGUCCGGAUUCUGUGCCCCCAAAACGAACCGCAACUUCUCGGAGUACCGAUAGUUCCCGGCGCAAGGCCACACGACGUCAGCAACUGGAAGACGAGGACGACUUGGACGAGCAGGAGAACGAUCGACCCGCGCCGCGAGCCAGUGCGCCGAGUCGUCCGCCGCGCCAGAGCCGGACGCGUGUGGUCCGGUAUCACCAAGAGGACCCAGACGACGAAGACUCGGAUUCGGGCGUGGAGGAUAUGCCGAGGGCGGGAAAUCCUGUGAAAACGACGCAACGGGUGGCGUCCGGUCGGCAGGCGUCGACGACGUUGCGGUCCACGGCGGGCCGAGGACGCCGAGCGAUGCGGAGUAGUUUUGGCUCCGACGGGAGUGACGAGGACAGCGCGGAUGACGAAUACCGUCUACGUAAUACGGAGGACUUGGACGACGAUUGGGGUACCGCGGCCACCCGUAGUCAACUAUAA